UUAAGCUAGGGCGGGGAGCGGACGACACGAGAUUGAGAGCUCGGAGGCGCUCCUAGGUAGCAAAUGCAGGGCUUGGGAGGAGGGCAGUGCGCUAGCGAUGGCGGCACAGCCGCGAGGAUUGCCGAUGCUAGAGCCACUCGCUCCACACUGUGCUUGGAGAGAAUCGGAGACGUGCAAUGGAAAUACGUUGCAAAGGGGCAGGUCUUACAGAGCGAGAAAUUGUUUCCACACCAAAGCGCCCUUGCGGAGAUUAUGGACUUUGUGCGAUCGCAUGUCGUGCCGGAAGGCUUUCCGGACAGUGUUCUUCCGUGCUACACGCCUUACAUGCAAUGGCGAUGCCUCCAGUAUUUCUUUGGAGGUGCCAUGGGCGUCUUCACGACCCGGUCGCUGCUUCAUGCUCUUGGUGUCCGGAAUGGAGCUUCGUCUUCGGCCAUCGCUGUAAACUGGGUUGUCAAGGAUGGUGCUGGCCGAAUCGGAAAAAUGAUUUUUGCUCGGCAUGGAAAGAAGUUCGAUUGUCACCUUAAGCAGAUUCGAUUUGCUGGUGAUGUCUUAAUGCAAUUAGCUGCGGCACUGGAACUAGCUACAUCUGCCACACCACAAUUUUUUCUCCCUCUGGCUUGUAUAGCUAACAUUGGAAAGAACGUUGCUGCAGUGGCGUCUACUUCGACUCGAGCACCCAUAUACAAGGCCUUUGCGCGUCGAGAAAACAUUGGAGACAUAACUGCAAAAGGAGAGUGUAUCGGAAACAUUGCGGAUCUGCUAGGUACUGGCAUGGGAAUUCUGAUGUCCAAAAAUUUUCCUGUCUUUGCUCCAUUUAGUGCGUUGGCUUUUGGAUACGUCUACAGUUCCUUUCGAGAGGUGAAAGCAAUUCAGCUGCCAACAUUGAACCGGCACAGAUUCGGGAUUGCUGUCGACACUUUUCUAGAGACAGGGAAAGUUCCGGGUUUGGUUGAAGCAAAUGAGAGAGAGCGAAUUAUCGUUGGUCCGCAAUGGUCACUAGAGAAACUAGAAUUAGGCGCACGGGUAUCUGAUGCCUUCUCUGCUCCUCAAGACUACCAGUACAUAGACUCUUUAUUUAAGGGGGAAAACUACCUUGUAAGCUACAAUCCUAAACGUCAGCGCACCUAUGUUGUUCUAAAGGAAAGAGCCAACGGUGAUGACGUCCUUCGAGCAGCAUUUCAUGGCCAAUUGUUUGUCAACAUUUUUGAUAAAUGUUCUUCUGCCGAAGGAGCGUAUCAAGAAAGCUGCAAAUACAUAUCUCCCCUCUAUGAACAUUUCAAACUCGAUGCCGAAAAACAGGGCUGGAUAAUGUCAGAGACGCUAUUAAGUCCUGGAAAUGCUCGGGUUUGCACCUGAAAAUCGUCACCCCAUGUGGAGGUAGGGAGUUUUUUGUUUUCACUCGCUGUAGAAUUUCAUUCUCUGCCUCCGUCGAGUUGAAACAUCUUGUUUUUCAAUAAAACUGCUUUGGAAGCCGA